UUGACUGCUGUGUGCUGACGCGCGGACGUGCUGGAGUCACUCAGCGGCUGUCAGCCGCCCUAAACUGACCUCGGACUCCCAACUCGCCGCCGGACCGUCACGUCAGCGCUGUGUUGCUUUUGUAACUCCAGCUGCUUCACAAAGCCACCGAUCCUUCCAACAGAAAAGAAGACUGGGAGUAUAUUAUGGGAUUCUGUGACCAAAUCAAUAAGGAGCUCGAGGGACCGCAAAUAGCGACUCGAUUGUUGGUACACAAGAUCCAUUCACCACAGGAACGGGAGGCGCAACAAGCCUUGAUGGUUCUGGAGGCUUGCAUGAAGAACUGCGGCCAGAGGUUUCAGAAUGAAGUGGGGAAAUUUCGUUUUUUAAACGAGCUCAUUAAAGUGAUCUCACCCAAGUAUCUCGGGGACAAAGUGUCGGACAAAGUGAAGUCAAAAGUGAUUGAGAUGAUUUACGGCUGGACCAUUUAUCUACCUGAGGAAACCAAAAUCUGUGAGGCGUACCAGAUGUUGAAGAGCCAAGGGAUUGUGUUGGCUGACCCGGAGAUCUCUCUGGAUGCCACACUGGCAACGACACUCUCGUCCGAGCGGCCCAAGAAUCCCGUCUUUGACGACGAGCACAAAGGCAGAAAGUUGGCAGAGCUGCUCAAGAGCAAAAAGCCUGCAGAUCUGCGGGAAGCAAAUCGGCUCAUCAAGAACAUGGUCAAGGAGGAUGAAGUCAGGUCACAGAAACUGUCAAAGCAGCAAAGCACACUGGAGGCAGUCAAUAACAGUGUCAGACUCCUUAAUGAGAUGCUGGCUUACUUUAGCCCCGAAGACUCCACUGAGAGUGAAAAGGAUCUCAUUAGGGAGCUGUACGCCGAUUGCGAUAAACUGCGGCAAAGCGUGUGUCAGCUCGCUACGGAGACGGAUGACGACGACACCAACUUGGGAGACAUCUUGCAGGCCAACGAUGACCUCUCCAAAGUCCUUCAAUCUUGCAAGAAAAUUGUGGAAGGUCAGUCCUUCAAUGGAGCGACUAAAUCACCGUCGGCCAUCAAGCAAGGCACCGGCUGCACCGCUCAGUCGGAGAGUCUGAUUGAUUUGACAGACGCGGACGUCGCAGGUUUCUCCCGACAAAGAGAGGGAGAUUGGACACCUUCCACGUUUUCGCACGUCGAUCUUCUGUGCGGAUCCAGCGGCGCCGCACCGUGCCCUGCAAUCUGUGGCGAAGUGCCCGUGUCGCUUUCUCUGCUGGAUGAAGAGCUACUCACUUUAGGUUCUCCUGGACCCGUCAGAAGUGAAUCAGCGCCACCUACGAGCAUGAGCAACUUCCUGCAGUCGGUCCAGAAUUACUCUCAGGAUGUGGAACUUUUAGACAGCACUUGUAUUGCAAGUCCAGCGGCGCCCAUCUCAAACCUCGGCCCGGGGUCGGUCGCAGCCUUGUCGUCUCUGGCGCUCCGGCAGACUCCCAUCAGCCCGGCGGGGACUGCCCCACCUCGGGUGGCUCCGCUUUUGUCAACCACCCCGCUUACGUCGCCGCAUUCUUCUGGUGCGGUGCAGCAUUCCCCGUGGGCGCCAUCUUCUCUGGACCACAGUCUACAAGACCUGGCCCUGCUUGAUUUAGGCAGUCCCAAAAGCAUCCCCGGGGCGGACCUCGGCAGCACACGAGACGAGCGCGGCGGUCUGCGCUCUCCCGCCAACCACCUGCGCAAAGAAUGCGCGCCAGCCACGUCUGCCCACGCCCCGGCCGGAAGUGUAGCCGACCGCGAUCUAUUAUGCUCUGCGUCACCCCUCAUCACGCAUCGGCAGACCUCUUUUGGCGGUGGAGAGGAGACGUCGCUCGCUGACGUCUUUGUACCUUUGGAUGCUGUCAAACCAAGUAAGGUGCGUCCCAUCACGGCAUACGACAAGGCCGGCGUCCGCGUUCUGCUGCAUUUCGCCCGUGACUGUCCACCCGGCAGGCCUGACGUGCUGGUGAUUGUGGCCUCAAUGCUGAAUACGUCCCCGCUUGCCGUUAGGGACGUCGUACUGCAGGCCGCUGUUCCCAAGACUAUGAAAGUAAAAUUGCAGCCACCGUCUGGGACGCAGCUCGCACCUUUCAUCCCCGUCCUGCCCCCCGCCGCCAUCACUCAGGUCGUGCUGCUUGCAAAUCCACACAAGGAAAAGGUCCGGAUGAGGUACAAGCUGACGUUCACGCUCAGUGAGCAGCCCUUCACGGAGGUCGGAGAAGUGAACGAGUUCCCGCCUCCUGACAGAUGGGGGGACCUAUGACCUCUGCGUCACCUCACCAUAUGCCUUCUGAAAAAAAUGUAUUUAACGAGGCAAGUCAUGAUGAAAAAGGAACGACUUUGGGGAUUGUCUCGGAUCUGCGAAUACUGACUAGGGGGGUUAAUUUACUCAACUUCAGAUGGAAUCUCACUGACAGUGUAUUGCAAUUCCUGUGAAGAUAAAGCGCUGUAUUGUUUUGUUUUUUGAUUAUAUAUAUACACACAGGACCGUUACGAUGAAAUGGCAAGAAUCGUAGCGGACUGGGGGAAACGAGUAAGUGGCCGUUGUCCGCUAAAAUAUGGACGCUCACAACAUCCCGCAAACACAUCUCAGGUACAGAAGCGUAUUGCUGCCACACCAAAAAAAAAAAAAAAAAAAAAGUCGCUGUCACGUUACAACAUGAUGUCUCACAUUAUAAUGAGGAUGUUUCAUGUUAUAACAUGUUUCACAUUAUAAUGUGGUUAAUUUUGUGUUAUAACAUGAAUCAUUUCACGUUAGAACAUAAUUCCUUUCACAUUAUAAGAUGAAACGUUUCAUGUUAUAACGUGAAAUGAAUCACGUUAUAACAUGUAAUUCAUCACUUUAUAACAUGAAACAUAUCACGGUAAAAUCUAAUGAGUUCUACGUUAUAACCCAAAAAGUUGGUAGUACGGAAACGUAUUGAUGCCACACCCAAAAAAAAGGUCUCUAUCACAUUAUAACAUGAUGUGUUUCAUGUUACAAUGUGGAUGUUUCAUGUUAUAACGUGAUGUGUUUCACAUCGUGUGGUUAAUUUCGUGUUAUAACAUGAAUUAUUUCAUGUGAUAACAUAAUACAUUUAACAUUAUAACAUGAAAUGUUUCAUGUUAUAACGUGAAAUGAACCACGUUAUAACAUGUAAUUUAUCACAUUAUAACAUGACACAUAUCACGGUAAAACCUAAUAUAUGUUCUACGUUAUAACUCGAAAAGUUGGGAUACAGGAAGACACAGGUAGAAUUGGACUCAUCAUUGAGUGUUGCAUGCAGAGGAACAAUUAGAAAGAUGGAGACAUGCACUGGAAAGGAGAGGAAUGAAGAUUGGCCGAAGUAAAACAGAAAAUAUGUGCGUGAAUGAGAAAAGUGGAGGGGGAAGAGUGAGGCUAGAGGGAGAAGAGAUGGCGAGGGUGGACGACUUCAAAUAUUUAGGGUCAACAAUCCAGAGCAAUGGUGAGUGUGGUAAGGAAGUGAAGAAACGGGUCCAAGCAGGUUGGAAGAGCUGGCGGAAGGUGUCUGGUGUGUUAGGUGACAGAAGAGUGUCUGGUAGGAUGAAGGGCAAAACAGUGGUGAGGCCGGCCAUGAUGGACGGAUUAGAGACUGCGGCACUGAAGAAACAACAGGAAGCAGAAAUGGAGGUGGCAGAAAUGAAGAUGUUCAGGUUCUCGCUCGGAGUGAGCAGGUUGGAUUGGAUUAGAAAUGAGCUCAUUAGAGGGACGGCCAAAGUUGGAUGUUUUGGAGACGAGGUUCGAGAGAGCAGACUUCGAUGGUUUGGACACGUCCAGAGGCGAGAGAGUCUGAAGAUGGAGCUGCCAGGCAAACGAGCGAGAGGAAGACCAAAGAGAAGGUUGACGGAUGUUGUGAAGGAAGACAUGAGGGCAGUUGGGGUUAGAGAGGAAGAUGCAGGAGAUAGGCUAAGAUGGCAAAAGAUGACACGCUGUGGCGACCCCUAACGGGACAAGCCGAAAGGAAAAGAAGAAGAAGAAGAAAUGAGUGUUGCACAAAGCAUGGAUUUGGUGAGCUUUUUACAGAGUCGUACGCAUGGAGCAAGAACAUGUAGUAGAAACGGAAGUAAUUGCCUUUUGGGGGCGGGGGGAAGAAGGGUCAAAUGUAUUUAUUUUCUACGUUAUAACAUGAAACGAAUCACGUUAUAACAUAGAGAAUAUCAUGUUAUAACAUAAAAAUUCCACACUAUAACAUGAAAUAAUUACAUUAUAAUGUGAAACUUUUCACAUUAUAACAUGAAAUGAAAUGAUUCACAUUAUAACGUGUGAUUAACCACAUUAUAACGUGAUAGUGCCUUUUUUUUUUUUGGUGGGGCGGGGUGUGGCAUCAAUCUGCUACCGUCCUACGGAAUGUUACAAUUGAAAGUUUCACACUAUAAAAUGAAAUGAAUUAAAUUGUAACGUGAAACUUUUCACAUUAUAACGUGAAGUGAUUCAAAUUAUAACGUCUAAUUAACCACAUUAUAACGGGUAACAUCAUAUUAUAGCAUGAAACAUCCACAUUAUAACGUGAAACAUAUCACGUUAUAACGUGAUAGACUUUUUUUUCUGUACUUAGGAGAUCACUCUUAACACCGCACAAUUUAAUUCGUAUGGGAGACUGAUGCUUUGCGAGGUGCUGCAGUUUUACCCAGCAAAAGUGUAAUAAAAAAAAAAAAAAGAAGGUAAAAGUUCUGAUGAACUCGAAUAAAGCGACAACGCUUCCAUCCCUGUGGCGAGAAAGAAAGACGUUCCAAAGGCAAAUCUACGCUUUGCUUGUUUUAAAACGCACGAGGUCUAAUCCUCCUUGUUUUAUUUUGGCAGGAAACAUCAGAUGGGAGCAACACGACGCAGGUUGAAGCCUCUUUUUUGUUGAAUUGUUCACUGCUUGCCAAAGUGCCGCCGACGGUGAAGCGUGUUGAGUUCACCGCCGCGCGCGCGUAUUUAUUUGUUGCCGUCGCUUCCUGGUGUUGACACUCGUGGAGUGAUUUGCAAUUCAGACGUCUGCACGUUUAGGUUGUUGAAAGGUUUUCUCCAGUGGAAACGCAUUCUCCAUCCGGUAAAAAAAAAAAAAUCAUAAUAAUGUGAUAUCGGCAUUAAGUCAGGACUGGGAAUUUGGGCCUGGAGUGUAAAUCGAGGCUUAAUUAGGGCUGUGGCAGUUUUGGGGGAUAUUUUGCACUUGUUUAUUUUUAAUGCAAACUGAAAUGGACCUUGAAGGUGAAGGUGCGCUCGAUUGGAUACUUCGAUGCAGUGUUUGGCCUCAUUCAAGCUCAAUUAUUUGCCACGAUGCACACGGCCACCGUCGGAAUAACGCAUAACAUAUCAUAUUAUAGCAUGAAAAAUCCACGUCAUGACGUGAAACAUAUCACGUUAUAACGUGAUAGUUUUUUUUUUUUUUUUCAUGCGGCGUUGACUUUUCGUCAAGUCAAAAUGAAGAAUAGCUGCACAUCUCAUGAAGAGUAAAACAGACAUUGAUCGUCAAGAUCAGCAAUUUUUUGGGGGGGGUUUAUCAGUCUGUUAUUAAUCAAUAAUUUUGACCGAGAAAAGGAGUGGAGUCCGACUCGCCAAAAUAUUUGCUUUUUUAUGACUCCACUCGUGAUGUACUUGAGUAUUUAUUGACACUAUUGGUUUUGGGUGGUUGACAUUUUUACUUGUGAGGAUGCUGUUACACGUGUAGGCAAUGAAUGCACAGACAAGUGCAUCAAGAAGACAUUUUAGUAGAUGAUAACCUUGUUUAGUGACUUCUUUGACUGUGUUAAAGGAAGCUCGCGGUUGAUGACCCCUUCCCGUAAAGUUCAUUAACGGUUAAAUUUUGCAUAAUGUUUGUGAAGAGGAAAUUUACAGUUAAAGGCUUCCUUUCUGAUGAGUUUUGCACAUGGAUAGUUAUGCAAUAUUUAUUUGAAUGAUGAAUGAAGCAAAGAUUUGUAUUUUUCACUCCAUGAAAAAUAAAGAAUGUGAAGGAA